AUGGCAUGCCUAUUACUUAGGAUACAUCACUGCGUCACUUGUAAUCCUCUCUUAGGAUGUUCCAACUACACAUACCUCAACGAGUCCAGCAGAGCAAUGACAUAUAACAGAAGUAUUUCUUACCUAUGCGAUGCAAAUCUUAACGGAUGGUACAGAUUCACUGGAGAGGCUGGAACGCAAAUGGCUGAUUCUUGUGUCAACAUGUAUCGUUGCGGGACCGAGUCACCUGGAUGGCUCAACGGAACUCAUCCCGACUUAACUGAUGGGGCUGUUAAACGCCAAGUGUGUUUUAGCUCUUUUGACAACUGUUGCCAUCAUUCACAUGAAAUAACUGUACAACAUUGUGGAGCAUUUUACGUUUACAAACUUGAAGGACAAUCCCAUUGCAAUCUGCGUUACUGUGGAAACGGAUCGCCAUAUGCACAAGGUAUUAACAAAAAUAAAACAACAUUAAACAAUCGUUUUAUUUCAUUGUUUGACAGGCGUAUUUUCAUGCAUUUUCCAAUAAAUUUUCAAAAAUUCAUGCCUUCUUUUCAAUGAAAUUGCAUUUUCUAGCAAAAUAAGAAUUAAACACUAAGCAGUUUGUAAGAAAAUAAUAUAGAAGCAACUAUGGCUCAUAAAGUAGUAAUUGACGCUGAACAAAUAGACAAGAAUUUGACAGAUUGUACUUCACGGAGUUUUCCUUUCUUUCAUAGAAUGCUACAAUUACAAAGUUCUUAACGAGACCAGCAGAUCGAAAACAUAUCAUGGAUCUUAUCCUUAUCAAUCUGAUCGUAUGCUGUCGACCGACUGA